AAACGUUUCGCUGUGGCACUUUACCAAAGGAGCGGGAACCCGUGGUGGGUGUGUGACGGUGACGCCUUCACUGAUCCCAAUCCGACAACGUGCAAUGGUUGGUGGCUUUUCGAAUAUUGCAUUGGAGACUGAUGUUAUAUUUGGAGUUGUGUGAAGAUGUCAGAUCAGCAGCAGUUGCUGGAGGUUCUCAAGAAGGAGCUGCGGUCUCUUCUGAUUUCUUCCAAAAAUAGUUUGACUCCUGCUGAGCUUGAAAAAGAUUACCAAACCAUGAUGGGAAAGCGGCUGCCUUGGAGUGCUUUAGGUUACAAGUCUGUUCUGGAGCUUGUGUCCAACAUACCAGAUACUAUCAAAGUUCACUCGUGUGCAGAUGGCACCAUCCUCCUGAAAGGCAUUGGUAAUGAAACAACAAAAGGAAUUGAAGAGUUGGUGGCAAAAGCAAAGGUCUCCACCAAGACCAAAUGUAACUUGAGAAAAACUAGAUACGAGCUUGCACAGAAGCAGAAUAUCCUGCCUAGGAGGUGCAAUACCACCCCAGUUUUACCCGCAUUAGUGAAAUGUGAACUUCGAGAGCUGGUGGCAUCCUUUCCCCAUGGUGUUCUGCUGUCUGAUUUUGACAGGUCAUUUUUGAAAAAGUACGGAAGGCCAUUUCAGUACACACAGUAUGGAUUUUACUCCUUGCAGGAAGUUCUCAAAGUAAUUUCGGAAGAUGUCAAGAUCCAACAGACACGCCUGGGUUCCCUGCUGUUACUGAGAAACAGAAACAGUGGAAGUCUACUGAAGCAAGGUAAACCAUCCAAGCAGUCCUUUCAGACCAAUGAAAAUAAAGCAAAGGCAAUAACCAUGCAACCGACCCCCAGCAAAACACCCACAAAUAAACAGACUUUAUCACAUUUGAGACUGGAAAAUAUACCAGAUACUGCUUCAGACACAGAAUAUUUUGACAGAGAUCUGGACAAGCUUGUAGAAGGCUUGAGGACUGUACUUGUAGAAAAAGGGGUCGGAGGGACCAUGGAUUCAAAUGUGAAGGAGAAAAUUCGAUUUACUGUAGCACAAAGACCCAAUGGAUUAUUGGCAUCCAAGCUUCCCAUGGAAUAUAAGAAUAUUUUUGGAGUGGACCUUCCCUUAAAGGAACUUGGCUUCUAUAGCGUGACUGAACUUGUUGGUGCCUUAAAUGACAUCUUCUAUGUGGAACGUGACUCCAUAAAUCAGGAUUGGCUAGUCGUUGACAUCAGGCACUCUAAUCUACUUCAAAACCAAGAGAAAUCACAGUUCAACAAAACCAGUUCAUUGCUGAAUGCAGGCUGGAAGAAGCCCAUUAUUGAAGGAAGUAUGGAGCCUCAAAAGAACAGUGAUAUUAAAACAAUUAGCUUAGAAAUGUUCAAUUGCUCAUCAAAAUUUGAAAUGCCACCAGAUGCUGUACAGGAUGGAAUUCUGUACAAGCUACCAGAGCUGGAGGAAAACUCCUUUGCAUGUGUGUUUGUAGAAAGUGUGACUUCACCCAGCCAAUUUUAUAUCCGUUUCUAUGGAGAAAGGACCUCUGUGAUGCUCGAAGAUCUGAUGAUUGAGAUGAGACGAUGCUAUUCCUAUGAGGAGGUCUCAGAACGCUAUAUGAUGCCAAAUUCAUUUAUUCAGCCAGGACAAGUAUGUUGUGUGCGGAACCCUGAUGAUGUAUGGUGGUACCGUGUUAUUAUCCAUCAGGUGCUGGAUGAAAAACAGGUGGAAGUCUACUAUGUAGACUUUGGUGAUAUUUCUCUUGUGGAAAGAUCCAGACUGAGAUUCCUCAAAUGUUGUUAUUCAAAGCUUCCUGCCCAAGGAAUUCCAUCAACCCUUAUGUGGCUGCAACCAGUUGAGGAUGAUUGGAGCACAGCUGCUAAAAAUCAGUUCCUGAGAUUUUGUGGGAAACAACCAUUGGUGGCCUUGAUUUGUGGAUACAUUGAUAAUGUACUGCACCUGUUCCUUUGCGAUACCUCCACAGAUGAAGAUAUUUAUAUUAAUGAUGUUCUUAAGAAAGCUGGCCAUGCUGAGCCCUGCCUUACAAUUAACACUAAUAAGGGAUUUGGGCGAUUUAAUCCAGCUACCCAGUAUUUGAAAAAUAUGCCAUCAAAAAUGGAGUCUACGACAAAGCCACUUGAAAGAAAACCUAAAUCCCCCACUGCAGAAGGACACCACAAAAGUUUAGACAUCUCAGCAAAUGAGAACAAUAAACAGGAUUUUGAAUUGCUAGCAUUUGAUUUACCAAAUCUAGAACCAUAUCCAGUUGGCUCUACUAGUUCAGUUGAAGAUUUUCCCAAAUCUUCGAAAACAUCUGCACUAGGAUCAGCCGAAGAAGCUGAACGCAAUGGACUUUCGGCACCUGAUGAGAUGGAGAAGGGAAAACAAUGGAAAAAGGAAGACCAGUGCUCUGAGUCAUUGAACAGUAUGGAUUAUCUCCAGAGUUCAGAGGCAAAGUUAAAAUCACAAGAUGAGUUCUACAUCUCAAUAAUUGACUCCAGGCCAUCCACAGAACCAUCUGGUGCUGACGUUCCAGUGCAUGCCCAUCCUGAUGAAAUUUUCAAGUCAGGGGAGGCUCAGCCCUGUGUAAAUAAAGGUAACAAGAAAGUCCACCAGUCUUUUGCUGAGACUACCUUCUAUUCUAGGCAAUCCUGCUUAUGA